AUGAGCCCGAUUAAGGCUGCGAUCGAAGCAAUCAAGUCGCUUGAACCAGGACAACAAUUCAGCUAUCGCAAAAUUGCAAUUCAGUACGAGUCCCAGCCGCUGCUGUUUAAUGGCAAGCUUCUGGACGAGGAUUACGGCGAUGGAAUGGACGAUGUUAAGGCAUCUAAGAAAUUGGCAGGACUGCGCACAGCUACGUGA